UAUUCUGUCCGUGUAGCUGUUUUUAAAUGUGUUUCUUGUUCUACAUUGGCGUAUUCAGUAUCGUGCGCCAUCUAGUGGCCUCAAUGAAGAACUACACCCGCAGAGUCAAGUUAGAUACACGUAGCGAAGAGAUACUUCCGUUAAACCCUUUCAAAAUAAACCUUGUAUUAAAACGGAGGGAUAUUCCAUCCUGUUCAUACUGUGACUGUAAUCUAUGGUCAGUUUGAUGAAUAAAAUGACAAAGCAUUGUAAUAGAUGAUUCCCUCCUCGCCUCCUUAGCUUUUAGUUAAACUCUGCUGGGCUCGUCAUCAACCGGAACCGGAACACGUAACAUUUUUCAUCACUGGGCGCCAUCUAGUGGACAACCCGAAAGCUACAACAACAUAAGGGGGGGAAACAUGAUGGGAGUAUGACGGCUGCCACACGGCUGAUAUCAAGGUUGACGCUGGUCACUGGAGGAGGCAGUGGGAUCGGACGGGCGGUAUGUCAGCGUUUGGCCUCUGAGGGCGCCUCCGUGGUGGUGGCAGACAUCAGCGAGGAGUCUGCCAACGAGACCAUGGUGGGUCUGCAGAAUGAGCUCAGAGGACAGGGUCACAUGGCGGCUGUGGUGGAUGUGUCAUCAAAAGAGAGCGUGAAGAAGCUGGUCACCAGAAUACAGCCUCCCUCAGUGUGUGUGAACGCAGCAGGCAUCACGCAGGACCACUUCCUGCUCAACAUGGAGGAGGAUCACUUUGACAGAGUCAUCCAGGUCAACCUGAAGGUAUGAAGCAAGUUCAGCGUGUAAUCGAGUCUAUCAGGUUAACGUCAGAGGAUGACAUCACAAUCUAAUAACUAGGGAUGUGCCCGUUAGUCCACUUAAAGGUUGGAAGUCAUCACCCUCACUAGUCGGCACCAGAAUUACAAGUUACAAAUGAUUCAUAUUUUUAGAUGUUGGCCCUCGAUGCCGGUUCAUUUGUGCUCAAAUUGCAGCACUUCUUAAAGCACUCUUCUUCCAUCACUGCUGUUGAGACAUAACGUGGGUCGACUUUGUGAGAAGAAUCAGAAAGAAAGAAAUCAGUCUCUGUUGUCUUCAACAGGAAACAACCGAAGAUUCAAGUUUCUCGUUGUUGCACUUGAAGAAAAGAAUUCAUAAAAUGAUUCUCUCACAAAACUUCUAAAAAACUGCACGAGUGAACGCAAACAGACACAUUUCUACUCCGACUUUAUCAGAUUCAGAUUCAGAUUCAGAUUCAGAGUUUUGAUUGUCCCACAAGGUGAAAUUUGCGUUGCAACAGGAGCACACAGAAGACAAGAAACACAAGGACAACAUCUCCAUAAAACAU